AUGGAUUUCAAGAAGAGGAAACUCGGCCAUCUUGGCCUGGAGCGGCGAGUUCGGCCACGUGCUGACCCGGAACCUGAGGAAGUGGAGGACAUAGAGUCCGUGGACGAUGUGACCGAUAAUUCUGAAGAUAACUCGGAUGAUGAAGAACCUGAUAGCGGCUCUGAAGGUUCUGAAGAAGACGAAGCAGAGCAAGAGUCCGAGUCUGACGAGGAUGAGCCCCCCGCGAUAGACACCUCGUCUAUAUCCUUCGGCGCACUAGCCCGCGCCCAAGCGUCCAUAUCACGGCCGGACCGCCGCAGCAAGUCCACCAAGGACACAGAAGAUGGCGGCAGCAGCGGAGACCGCCAAGGCCGCCGCGACCAGGACGACGACGACGGCGACAAGAAAAAGAAGGCCAAGAAGGCCGCCGCCGCCGCCCUGGCCCGCGCCAACAAGCACGCGCCCGCCGAGAUGCCCAGCACGCGCCAGGUCUCGCGCCGGCGCGAGGUCGUCAGCACGGGCGAGCUCGGCGCGCGCAGGCAGGCGCGCGACCCGCGCUUCGACCCGGCGGUGGCGCACCCGGGCGGCCGGGCCGACGAGCGGGCCUACGCCUUCCUGGACGAGUACCGCGAGUCCGAGAUGGCGCAGCUGCGGCAGGCCGCCAGGAAGGCCAAGAACCCCUACGAGAAGGAGCAGCUGCAGCGGGCGCUCAAGUCGAUGGAGGGCAAGCGGGACGCGCGCAAGAGGGUCGAGCGCGAGCGCGCCGUCGUCGAGGAGCACCGCCGGCGGGAGAAGGAGCUCGUCAAGCAGGGCAAGAAGCCCUUCUACCUCAAGAAGUCGGAGCAGAAGAAGAGGCUCCUCCUGGACCGUUUCGCCGACAUGAGCGACAAGCAGGUCGACAAGACCAUCGCCAAGAGGAGGAAGAAGCAGGCCGCCAAGGAGAGGAUGGACAUGCCGGUGGCGAGGCGGGGGAUGGAGUGA